CGUAAACCCCAAGCACACAGAAUGGAGCGCCGCACUACGAGGCUGCUGGCAUACCAGCGUGUCAGGCGAAAGUUUGCCUGCAUUUGCUACACGCUGACGCUGUCCUGGCUGCUGCUCGCCCUGCUCCAAUGGGUGCUCAUCUCUGUCAUCGCGGAGAUAACUGUCGUCUUCAUCGAGUACUACUGGAUCAGCUUGAUUUUCUUUGUGGUGGCCAUGAUGCUGGUCAGCGUUUUCGUCUUCUUCGAGAGGGUGCGCGCCAUCACAUGCCUGAAUUGGCUCCUGUGCCUGCUGAUAGUGGAGUUUGUCAUCAUCGGCGUGUUCAAUCUGGCGGCACUCAGCCACUGGCAGGAGCUGCUCGUUUGGUUCUUUUUCUGCAUGCUGCUCCUGUUUGGCUUUGUACUUAUUGGAUCCAUUAUACCGCACGAUCUAACGCUGGACGUGGUGAUACUCUUUGUCUUGGCCUUUAUCUUUCUCAUCGUUACCGUGUGGUUUGCUAUGAUUAGCAUUCUGGUAAAGGUGCCCUACUCCUUCGUGGUCCAUCAGUUGUUCAUUGCCAUCGUUGUGCUGCUGUUUGUGAUGUACCACGCUCAGACCAUCAAUGGCGGACGUUUUGCGGAGAUGCGUCUCAACGAUUACCUACUCGCCGCGCUCAUACUCUUCCAUGACUUUAUCAUACUCUUCCUGCUGACAUUCUACCAGCAGCUCGUCAUGAGAUUCAUUGUGGGCGCCACCACAGCUGCGAGUCCCGUGAGUGAGGCUAAUCGUGGCUUGAGUUACAUUGAACCCAUCAUAGGGCCAGUUCAAGAGGACUACGUGGACGACGAUGACAGCAACAGCACCGCAGCAGUCCAGAAAUUUGCUUAAGAUAAAUUAACAAAGAGAAAACCUGCGGCAUGGAGCGGAGUUUUUUAUUGCAACAACAAAUGGAACAUUAAGUGGCAAUCUCAGGUAUAGGCAGACACAGAUAUAAGCAUAGUAAUACGAUUAUUUUGUGGAUAUUUA